ACACACACACACACACACACACACACACACACACACACACACACACACACACACACACUCUCAGACAGUCAGAGGGAGGAGAUAAUAACAGUGGAGGAGUUUCAGCUCUGCAGAUCUCAGUCAGUCUAAGUCUGUCUGUCUCUGAGGACGUCUCUGUCUCCGUCUGUCCAUCUGUCUGUCUGUCAGCAUGGACAGACCUCUGCAUGGAUUACUGGUUGUCUUCCUGCUGCAGGUCCAUGGUUUUCUCUCAGCUCACAUCCACCGUGACUCAGAGUCUCUCCAUAAGGUUCUGUCAGAGUUCAGCAUCAUUCAUCCGAUCAGAACUGACUCAGCAGGCCGUUUCCUAUCAACAACAGUCUCUGCCCAACUGCACCGCAGCAAGAGACACGCCCCCACAGCAGAGGGAACACCCACUGACUCAAACAAUGUGAAGACAGGCACGCCCUUAAAACAAGAAGCCUCGCCCAUGUGGAUGUCAACAUCCAGCCCUGACUGGAGGGGGCAGAGUUAUGAAGGAGAAGACGAGGCUGAGCUUUUCUACAAUGUGACCGUAUUCAAUCAAGAGCUCCACCUGCAGCUGCAUCGAAACACUCGCCUCAUCGCCCCCACCGCCACCAUAGAGUGGGAGGAGUCAGGACACCGUUAUUCUGAGCCAAUCAGAGAUGUGGGAUGUUUCUACACAGGAACGGUGUCAAACAUGAAGGACACAUCUGUUGCCAUCAGCAACUGUGAUGGAUUGGCCGGAAUGAUCCGGACGGGUAAAGAUGAAUUUUUCAUUGAACCGUUGGGUCAGUGGAAGCCAGGAAAGGAGGAGGAGGAUGAAGGGCAAAAGCACAUCAUUUAUCGAUCCUCAGCCAUUAUUAAGAAUCAAGCAGAUGUCAAUCAAUCUCAAGGUGUCAAUCAAAGUCUAGAUGACUUUGUUCAAGGUCCUCUCUUUGGCUUUGUGAAUGUGACCCAGAAUGUGGUGCCGUCAAGUUUGGGUUCUGCUCGCAGACAGCGUUCUGCUGAAUUGUUCCACAUUGAGGUCCUGCUGGCUGUAGAUUAUUCUCUUCUUCUGUUCCACGGACGAGACCACAUUCAGAAAUAUCUGCUGACSCUGAUGAACAUUGUGAAUGAGAUCUAUCAGGACCAUUCUCUGGGGGUCAACAUGAACGUAGUCCUGGUCAGAAUCAUCCUGCUGUCUGCAACAAAGUCCCAGGAGCUGAUCUCUUUUGGGAAUCCUCAGAAGAGUUUGGAGAAUGUUUGUGGGUGGUCUUAUCUCCAGCACAACGAGCAAAGCCCCACUGAGCAGCAUGAUCAUACCAUCUACCUGACCAGGCAGAGAUUUGGCCCCUUAGGCAUGCAGGGUUACGCUCCAGUUACAGGAAUGUGUCAGCUUCAUCGGAGUUGUGUCCUCGUUCUGGAAGAUGGAUUUUCCUCAGCUUUUGUAGCUGCACAUGAAACAGGACAUGUGUUAGGGAUGGAGCAUGAUGGUGAGGCCAAUGAUUGUGCUGAUGAUGUGCCUUUGGGCAGCAUUAUGUCUCCGAGGGUCCAAGCCAACUUCUAUCGAUACCACUGGUCCAGGUGCAGCUGGAGCGAGCUGCACAGGUACCUGAACACCUACGACUGUCUCCGUGAUGACCCCUUCAACCACGAAUGGCCCGAUCAGCCGCAGUUACCUGGUUUUCACUACUCCAUGGACCAACAGUGCCGCUUUGAUUUCGGACCUGGGUACAGCCUGUGUACUACUUACACAAUCCCUGAGCCGUGCAAACAGCUGUGGUGCAGUGACUACAACAACCCAUCCUUCUGUAGGACCAAGAAGGGUCCACCACUUGAUGGGACUAAGUGUGGACCAGGGAGGCACUGCUUCAAAGGGUUCUGCAUCAAACUGACCCCCAACCUCCUAAAGCAGCAUGGCAGCUGGGGGACAUGGAGUCCAUUUGGCACCUGUUCCCGGACCUGCGGGGGCGGUGUCAGGUUUCGAACCAGACAGUGUGAUAACCCACCACCAGCCAAUGGGGGCCACACCUGCUUUGGAAAUAGCUACGAGUUCCAGCUGUGCAGUCAAGGGUCCUGCCCCCUCCUGACAGACUUCAGCAUGUGGGCUGUGAUGGACAGAUUGCUUCAGACCAGCAGGAGGACCAGUGUGGGGUCUGUGGAGGAGACACGUCCACCUGUAGGAUGGUUAAAGGAAACUUCACCCGCAGCACCAGGAAAGAAGGUUACCUGAAGAUCUUGGAUAUUCCUAAAGGAGCCAGACACCUCCUUAUUCAGGAGUUCAAAGGGAGUCCUCACAUUCUGGCUGUUAAGAACCAGGAGACAGGUCACCUCUUCCUCAAUGAUGAAGAUGAGCUACCUGAGUCCAGAAAGCUGAUUGAAAAGGGAGUGGUCUGGGAAUACAACAGGACUGGUGAGCAGGAGUCCAUUCAGACCACCGGGCCACUGAAGUAUGAUGUCCUGCUUCUGGUUCGUUCACAUAAUGACUCCAAGGUGACCGUCUCUUACAAGUACAUCAUCCAGGAUGAUCUUCGGUCUUCACUGGAGUCUAACCUGGUUCAGGAGGAUGCAGUUUUAUAUGACUGGGCUCUGAAAAAGUGGUCCCACUGUUCCAAACCCUGUGGAGGAGGGACUCAGUACACCAGGUUUGGCUGCAGGAGGAAGGCUGAUGGGGAAAUGAUGGAAAGGACGUACUGCUCCAACAUCAACAAACCGAGACCUAUCAGCCGCAAGUGCAACACCGAGACCUGCAAGUCUCCACGCUGGCUGACUGGCAGCUGGGAAGCCUGCAGCGCCUCCUGUGGUCAGACUGGGUGGCAGCGGCGCUGGGUGAGCUGCCAGCAGGAGUCCAGCAGCGGAAAGCAGCAGCGCUCAGUCAACAGCAGACUCUGUGGUGAAGACCGACCUGAAUCCAAACAAACCUGUAACCGAUUCCCCUGCCCUGCAGCCUGGAGAGCCGGGCCCUGGACCCCUUGUUCGGUCUCGUGUGGAAAUGGGACUCAGGAACGUCAGGUCGCGUGUUUAAACCCUGAAGGUUCGGCUGGAAAUUGCAGCGAACAUCAACUAAUCAGGACACGUUCCUGCCAGGCCCCGCCCUGCAGCGGUGACCAGAAGAACGCCAUCAUCCAGUGGUUGUCCAGGUCCAACCCAAACUUCCCGGCUCCUCAGAUCCCCUCCAGGCAGCGCUGUCAUGGAGACCGCUCUGCAUUUUGUCGGAUGGAGAUGUUGAGUCGGUACUGCUCCAUCACUGGAUACAAGCAGAUGUGCUGCAAGUCCUGCAGCGAGAGGAACUUCAGGAACAUCAGCAGCACAAAGUCUCCAGAGAACAGCCGUUCCUGGAAACCAACCACUGAGUCAACGAUGUCAUUGGCAUUCACCACUUUAUUGGACAGCAGUGAUGUCAUCAGUGACCUCAUUAGUACAUCUCCCAACGUUGUUGCACCUCCCAUCGUUUCUGUACCUCCUACCAUUUCUGUACCUCCCACAGUUGCUGCGACUCUGACGGUUGCUGUACCCCCCACCGUUUCUGUAUCUCCCAUUGUUGCUGCACCUCCCACCAUUUCUGUAUCUCCCAUUGUUGCUGCACCUCCCACCGUUUCUGCCUCUCCCACCAUUUUUUCACCCCCCACCAGUAAGACCAGCACUGACUUUGUCUAUGUGGACUACAAUGAUUACAGAGAGUUUGUGGUGUUUGAGGACCCAUUGAUUCCUUCUACAGUCAGUCCAGGUACCACCACCACAACCACCACAACAAGGAGACCGAGGAAAACUGCUCYACCAUAUUUGUUCAAAAAGAAAAUUCCCAUGAAGCACUUGGUUACAGCACCCAUGGUAACUCAGCGCCAAACAAUAGCACCGACCAGAACACCUACCACCCCAAAGUUUCUCACAACGUCCUCAGAUGUUGGAGACAUUGUUGUCCCCACUACAUCGGAGGUGGGGACAUCAUUACCUUUGGUCAUGGUGUCAAAAAAGAAGAAGAACUCUGUGGAUGAGGUCCAGUACCAGAUUGUAGGAAUGGAAAGUGAGACCACCAGAAAACAGCAGAACUACUUUGUGCCCCGGAUUCCACCUUUCAGAGAACGAACACAGAACAAACGAAUCCAACAGCUUCUGAAAGAAAAACAGCUGCAGAACCGUCGAAACCAGAUGAACAGAACCAGAGUGACCCGAACAGACAGGAAACACUGAACACAAGUUUGCUUUGGCAGUUUUCAUCUUUCGCCUGUUCAGCUUCUGUUUGCUACAAACUCAGAAACUGACUGAGAAAACCUUCACCUCUAUGUCUCCUGAGCUGUAAAAUCAAACUAGUCCCUGUGCAAUGAAAGACCAGAACCUGGUCUUCAGGAAACUCUAGUCCUGCUCAGGUUUUCAUAUUCAUCAUGUUUGUACCAACUUAUCCUGUUUUGAAAAUAAAGGAAAAUCUCAUCCAGCA